CAGAAGCAUCCAUGGCAGAGGGCGGCGCCCCUGACGGGCGGGCCGGGCCGGGGCCCGCAGGUCCUAAUCUGAAGGAAUGGCUGAGGGAGCAAUUUUGUGAUCACCCGCUGGAGCACUGUGAGGACACGAGGCUCCACGAUGCAGCCUACGUGGGGGACCUGCAGACCCUCCGUAGCCUGUUGCAAGAGGAGAGUUACCGGAGCCGCAUAAACGAGAAGUCUGUCUGGUGCUGUGGCUGGCUCCCCUGCACACCGUUGCGGAUCGCGGCCACUGCAGGCCACGGGAACUGUGUGGACUUCCUUAUCCGGAAGGGGGCCGAGGUGGAUCUGGUGGAUGUGAAGGGACAGACGGCUCUGUAUGUGGCUGUGGUGAACGGACACCUGGAGAGUGCCCAGAUCCUUCUCGAAGCUGGCGCUGACCCUAAUGGAAGCCGGCACCAUCGCAGCACCCCUGUCUACCACGCCUCUCGUGUGGGCAGGGCCGACAUCCUGAAGGCCCUCAUUAGGUAUGGAGCUGAUGUGGAUGUCAACCACCACCUGACUCCUGAUGUCCAGCCCCCUUUCUCCCGGCGCCUCACCUCCUUGGUGGUCUGCCCAUUGUACAUCAGUGCAGCCUACCACAACCUCCAGUGCUUCCGGCUGCUCCUUCUGGCUGGGGCAAACCCCGACUUCAACUGCAAUGGUCCUGUCAACACUCAGGGAUUCUACAGGGGCUCCCCUGGGUGUGUCAUGGAUGCUGUCCUGCGGCAUGGCUGUGAGGCAGCCUUUGUGAGCCUGCUGGUAGAGUUUGGGGCCAACCUGAACCUGGUGAAGUGGGAUUCAUUGGGCCCAGAGUCGAGAGGCAGAAGGAAGGUAGACCCUGAGGCCUUGCAGGUCUUUAAAGAGGCCAGAAGUGUUCCCAGGACCUUGCUGAGUGUGUGCCGUGUGGCUGUGAGAAGAGCUCUUGGCAAAUACCGACUUCAUCUGAUUCCCUCACUGCCUCUGCCAGACCCCAUAAAAAAGUUUCUACUUUAUGAGUAGAAUUCAAGUUCAGCGGUUGAUUACAGUGAAGGAGAAGGUGAUCUGCAGUGAAAAUGGGCACCGAUUCUUAUAUCUUGUGCUGCUGACUGAAAAAGAAGAAAUGGCCUUGUUCUCAUGAAUUGUAAUUCCAUCUCAGGUGCAUGGGCCAUUGACAGUCUUUGCGUCAUUGUCAGCCAAGAGGCUCAUACAAAACUUAAUAUUGUUCUUCC